AUGCCCUCCCCAACCAAACCCCCUAGACCUCUAUGGCACCAUCGCCACCCAAACCCCUUCAGGCUCCUAAUCCUUCGAGAACUUGACCUGGCCUCCCCUUUGCACCGCCCUCCCGCCCUCCAUGACCCCCCAACACGGGCCUCACGCUCUGGGGAUCCGGGCGCAAUCAUGGAAUACCUAAUCGGCACCUAUGACACCCAAGGGCCCGAAGUUGAGCUUCUGAGUACGGCACGGCAGAGGGCUGGCAAACGGUUCAAUGGUUGUUGCAAUUUCUAG